GAAUACUUUAAUUUAAUAUUAGAGAAAUCCAAUACCUUUUAAGAAGGUGUGUGUGCCGCUGCGCGACUGUCAUGUGCUAUAGACUCCUCCACGUAGGAGUGUUUACGUUGCCAGCUGUCAAACCAAAACAGCACCGAUGGGGGCUCUCCUCAGCUACUUCCGGGGCCUUAUUGGAUCCCGAGAGAUGCGCAUCUUAAUCCUUGGGCUGGACGGAGCCGGCAAGACCACCAUUCUCUACCGGUUACAAGUUGGAGAAGUUGUGACCACUAUCCCCACUAUAGGAUUCAAUGUGGAACAAGUAACAUACAAGAAUUUGAGGUUCCAAGUUUGGGACUUAGGUGGCCAAACAAGUAUCAGACCGUACUGGAGGUGCUACUACUCUAACACAGACGCCAUCAUCUACGUGGUGGACUCAGCUGACCGGGACAGGAUAGGCAUCUCAAAGCAGGAACUGGUCUCUAUGUUGGAGGAGGAGGAAUUAAAGUCUGCUAUAUUGGCAGUGCUGGCAAAUAAGCAGGACAUGGAAGGUGCCAUGACGGUUGCCGAGGUGCACUCUGCUCUGGGACUUGAUGCUCUCAAGACCCGCACCUUCCAGAUCUUCAAGACUUCGGCCAUCAAGGGAGAGGGGUUGGAUCAGGCAAUGGAUUGGUUAGCUAACGCUCUCUCCACCAGAAAGUGAGACGUGGUCACUGUGUAGCCUGUGUGGAUGUUUGUGUUGUGUGUGUCAGAGGUUGUCUGCACGCUGCUUCUUGGGCAUCCUCUUCCUGCCUGUUAGAAAAUGUACCCCACUUUAAUGAGUGUCAGGGAUCUGUGGAAGUGGUAAAAUGUUCCUGAAACCAUGAUGCAUGCAUAGGGGGAGGGGAUGUGUAAUGCUGAGCAGGGUGUAGUGUGGUCACCAUUUUUAUGUGUAUGAGUGAAAGGUACAGUUUUGAUAUUUAAAUGGUUUUAUAUACUAGGGAGACUUUUGUUAUGUUCUUUUCAUACAAAGGUGUAUUAGGUAAUCCAGCCUUAUCUUGUAUGAUUAGGUGAUUUAAAGUAUGAAUAAUAGAAGAAAAUGAAUGGUAAAUAUAAUGUUAAGAUAUCUUGUACAUAAUGUGACAGAACAUUCUCCAUUAUUGCCUCAAGUUUCUGGUAGCAAUGUGUAAUAUUACAUCCCAAGCACUGGUGACAGUACCCUGUACACACACACCACUUCAGAGAUGCAUUGGGUAGCUUUGAACAAGUCUUGAGUGCUGAGGAUCUGUUGGCAGCCUUGCACACCCCCAAGGGGCAGCACUCCACCAGAUGAAGCUGCCCAGUCAAGCUGGCCCCCAAUGGUGGGCUUACUGAACUUCUAAGCUGUAUUGUUGAGUCAGAUGGACAGUUUUUUGGCAGCAGGACCCAGAAGUCAUCAUAAACUAUGCUCUGUUCUUUACAUGUUGUUUAUAGUAUAUAGGCAACUUUCUGUAUUGGUGAUUCAUUCCAUUCCUGUGUGAAGAAUUACAUAAUACCUUUAAUAGACACCAAAGUUUCUCAUAAAAUUGAAUUUUGGAGUUUUUGUAUUUUCUUCCCACCUGAAAGGUCAGUAUGGCAGGUCUUUGUCAUCCAGUGUUUCUCUUGUUAACCAUUGUUUCUCAGAAAUUUUUCCCUUCAGUAUUCCUUUAGGAAGUCAACUUCCUUCUAGCUUCUCUCUAUUUCUCUCCCAAGCCUUCUAAGUAUUGUUGAAAAUAUACCAUUUUGAUGCUUCCUUCACUGACGCUGGACUCAUUUAGUCUUGGUGAAUCCACUGGAAGUGGAAAACUAAUAAAACUCUUACUGGUAUUGUAACUGCACACAAUGAAAUAAGAAUUGAAAACCACAUUUUCUCUGACAAAUAAGUUAAAUGAGGUCUUUCUUUUGUUAACUGUAUUGUACUUUAUUGUAACACUACCUGUUAUGACCCUGCUGAGUCUGGCUUUGGCCUCUUUCUCUGUGUCAGGCUCAAAGUUUAAGAAGCACUGUUCUAAUCUAACUUAAACGUAGUGUAAAGCCAUUUCAUAUGCAGCUGUGUGACACAUAAGAUGAUACAUUCAUUCUCAUAGGAAAGGGACAGAUAGAUGAUAUGUAAUCUUCCCUUUAAUAGUAAGUGUCGGUUGUCGUGUCUGUGUGUGGGAAAAGUGGUGUUGACAUUAGCAGAUAAAGGAGCAUUAAGAAAGUUUCUCAUUAGAUUAUUUCAUAAAGAUCACGGGGUCAGUGAAAUGAAAAAAAAAAAAAAAAAGUGAUAAUUGGCCAAAGAAAGCAGCAUUACUGUCUCUUGAAGUUAGUGUUUUACACAAACAAUUUACUUGGUGAAGAGCACUAGUGAUUAUUUUUUUAAGACUAGAGAAUUUGUACCAACGUUAUUCAUGGCACUGCAGGAGUGAGUUAAAUCUGUUUCUUGAAUGCAAUAUCUUUUGUUUUCAUAAUGAUCAGAAUAAAGAAUAUUUUUCACUUG